GGAUACUAAAAGUUGGCGCUUCCUUUUCCGGCCCAAGUGCUCAAGGUAGUGUACGAAUGCCAUAUCGUUUGACGUUGUAAUAAUUAAAAAUUGUAUAAUUUAACCAUCCUCGCAUAGAAAUAACUACAUAGAAAGGAGGCGAGAGCAAGCUUUUAUAAGAUGUACUCGGCCAACGCCAAGAUAGUGAAGCCCAGAGUGGAAAACAGAAAAACCAAACCUGGCACCGAAAAACGGGAGGAGAUCACGAAGCUGGAGGAAUCGGUCAGCCAGGCCUUACUCGAGCUCGAGAUGAACAGCGACCUAAAGGCGCAGCUCAGAGAGCUGCACUUCGUCGGCGCCAAGGAAGUCGAAGUCAAAGACAAAAAGGCGAUCCUGGUGUACGUGCCGGUGCCGCUGCUGAAGAAGUACCAGAAGAUCCAGGCCCGGCUGGUGCGCGAGCUGGAGAAGAAGUUCAGCGGCCAGCACGUGGUGUUCCUCGCGAGGCGGGUGGUGCUGGCCAAGCCGACGCGCAAGUCGCGCCAGACGCAGAAGCGGCCCCGGUCGCGCACCCUGACGGCGGUGCACGACGCCCUGCUCGAGGACCUCGUGUUCCCGGCCGAGAUUGUGGGCAAGCGGGUGCGAGUGCGCCUAGACGCCUCCCGCCUCAUCAAGGUGCACCUGGAGCGCUCCCAGCAGACCAACAUCGAGCACAAGCUGGAUACUUUCUCGGCAGUGUACAAGAACCUCACUGGCAAGGAGGUGACAUUCGAAUUCCGUGACCCUCCCUUCUAAAAACUGGGGACUGUUAAUAAAUGAAGGUCAUACUGGA